AUGUGUUAUUAUGACUCAGAUGAAACUGUUGGAUUUAGUGAAAGUUUUGAUCUGGAACAUUCACCAGGAAUAUUAAAUCCACCUUGUCCACAGCAACAGAGCAAGAAAAGACCAACUAGGAAUAGGAGACUUCCCCUUCAUAUAAUUGAGGAAUCAAUUGUUCCACCUGUCAAAAAGGCUAUUAAAGGAAAAGUCAAAGUGAAGUGUUGCCAAAGUGGGAAAGUUUUCAUGGCAAGUGCAGACAAAUUGACAAAGGAACAUGGUGAAGACCUAAGCCUUAGUGAUAUAUAUGAUGGUAACAGUGUCAUAUAUGACGCUGGUGGAAAAAGUUACGAUGUAGUCAUAAUCCGCAAUAAUAAAGCUACAGCAGCAGAAACUCCUACUACAAGUCGACAUAACAAUAAAAAAAUUGUCAAGAAAAGAGUUAACACUGCUUUAAUGGCAGCUGAAAAAGAAACAGAAUGCAAUGAAGAUACUCAGUCACUACUAGAUGAGGCUUCACAAGUUAUUAGGAGUAGUUCAGAAACUCCUAAAGUUCCAAAAAUCAGUAGAGUUGAAACUGGAUUGAAGGGUUUGCUUAUUCAGAUGGAUAAAAAAUUAGACAAAAUUGAAAGGAUGCUAAUGCAUAGCGACAAGUAUCAGUCAGAUGUAGAUUUAGAAACUGAAGAUAGAUAUAUUGUUAAUGGAAUUGACUUAAGAGCAUUGCCUGCAAAUGAUGCAUAUGGCUAUGGACGAUCUUUACUGGAUGCUUUGUUUACUAAGAAAGAACAGAAAAGUGGUGUACUACUACCAACAAGCAAAAGUCCAAAACCAGCAUUAGACAAUGAUCGAGUACAAUUGUUAUUUGGAUGUCUCAACAAACGAUAUAAAGAUCAGUAUACUCUUUCAAAGAUGAAAAGUACACUUAACCAGAAAUGCAGAGAUGCAAAGGAAGUGAUAUUAAUUAAAGAUGACUAAACGCCAGUAUCAUGUCAAACUUUUAUAGGUUGUUUUACGAACGUGAUUAACAAUAGAUGAUUUGUUUUGAAUUUUAA